AUGAAAGAAAGUGAUUUCUGGGGGGAGCUGUCGUGCUACUACGCAACGAGAAGCAUCGCAAUGCCAGGUUGUCUAUGGAAGCCACAGAUGAUGGAGGACAAUCUUCCACGUAUUUCUGGCGGUCACCACCUGAAGACUUCCUUUGCUGAGACGGGCCUUGAGCUGCGAGAAUACUAUUCGGCUGCCUGUGGUCAUUGUCAAGCAAUGGCACCCGCCUGGAAAGAAGCUGCGGCCAGCUAUUCCGGGCCUGUGGCCUUCCGGCAGGUGGAAUGCAACGAUAAAGACUGGAAGCCAGUGGAGGAGAACAUUGACUUAUGCAAAGAUAUCGAGGCUUUUCCAAGUAUUAAGCUCUUCAAGGAUGGCGAAGAAGUGACAAGCUAUGAAGGAGAUCGCACUGCGGAAGGAUUCAUGAACUUCGCCAAGGCCAACGAGAAAUUGGCUGAACAAUCCAUGCCAGUUGUCAUGGCCGUCCUACCCAGAUCUGAGCGCAUCUUGCGCAGAUGCGCUGAAUUCUUGUAG